AUGUCCACGUUCUCGCCUCCGCCUCCUACAGCUUCCCCAUCCCGUUCACUCUCCCUAUCACUCUCGGCGCCUACCUCAAUCCCAUCAAGUAGAAACAACCCAAUCUCACUUCGGAUCUACAAGACUAUCGGAACUUCUUUUGACGACCAGUCAUCGAGAGACGCUUUGGAAUUAGCUUCUUCUUUUUACUCCUCUUCUUCAAGUACUACCGCAGAUAAAGGUAAAGGUAAAGCGGACUUGUCAGUGUCAGAGCAAGAUGAAGAUUUAGAGGGAUUACCCAGACGAAGGACACUGAGGGGACAGAGCGCAGCGACAGCAAGGAAAUGGUUAAAGCGGGAUGUGGAAAGUACUCUGGCUGGUGGGAGUCAAAAGUUCUUGGAGGCUUUUGCAGAAGUUGAUCAGAAACUCGAAGUACUUCGGGAACACAUGAAAGAGAUGCAACUGAGAUGCGAUCAAGUUCAAUCUGAAUUAGAUCAAGCCAAUAGCGGUACAAAGUAUCUCCUGGAAAGAGCAGAUGGGUUACGUUCUCAGAGAGCUUCAGCACAAUUACGAUCAUCCUUGAUCAAUUUAUUCUUAUCGAAAUUCACAUUGUCAGAAGCGGAAUUAGCAGCAUUGGGAUCUAGGGAAGUGGCCGUUGGACCAUCUCUUUUUGAUGCCUUGGAUAGAGUAGAGAAAAUACGGAAGGACUGUGAGGUCUUGUUGGGCGGUGAAGAAGGCAAGAUGCAAGCUGGUCUCGAUAUCAUGAGAGCUACUUCCGAUCAGAUGGAAUCGGGUUAUAAGAAAAUACAUCGUUGGUGUCAGUUCGAGUUUAGACAAUUCACAAGAGAGACUCAGUUGGAGGUGUCUCCGGUGAUGAGAGAGGGUAUAAAGAGGUUGAGGGAUAGACCGGUUUUACUCAAAGACGCACUACAAGGCUUAACAUCCACUCGAUCCUCCUCAAUCCUCCAAUCCUUUCUUGACGCUUUGACUAGGGGAGGCCCAAACGGCUUGCCUCGGCCUAUAGAAUUGCAUGCUCAUGAUCCCACGCGAUACGUUGGGGAUAUGUUAGCAUGGGUGCAUCAAGCUACUGCGAGCGAGCAUGAAUUCCUAGAUGGACUGUUCGGCGUCAGAGAGAAAAAGAGGAUGGUAGGAGCUGAGAGGGACUCGAUCAAUCCUGGAGAAGAGGAAGAGAUGAUGGUGGCUCAGGCUAUGGAUAAACAUCUUGAAGGGUUAGGUAGACCUUUGAAGUUACGAAUACAACAAACGAUCAAAUCACAAGAAGGUAUAAUCAUGGCUUAUAAGAUAGCCAAUUUGCUUCAGUUCUACCUGAUAACUAUGAAGAAGACUAUAGGGGAAGAAGCAUUGCUUUGUAAAACGUUACAGGAAAUCCACGAUCAAGCUUACAUAGCGUUCUUUGAAAAUCUUGAUGCUCAGGGAAGAAGCUUGUUGAGAUUCUUACACCCACCAGACGCGACCCUCUCUCCGCCUCUGGCUUUACGAGACUUCUGUCUCAUCCUCCGAGAAUUGCUUUCGGUCUAUUCGACAUCGUUGGUAAAUCCCUCAGAGCGAGAAUCGGACUCUGACUUGGCCAAGUUGUUGGACAAGUCGAUUGAUCCCUGUGUGGAGAUGUGCGAGAGGAUGGCGGAGAUGAGAAAGUCCACCGUGGGAGGUGGAGCUGCUGGAGGUGACUGGGAGAAAGAUCUGUUCAUGGUCAAUUGUCUGGGUUACCUGCAGCAUACUCUCGAAGUGUACGAUUUCACCUCACGACGCAUGGCUAUGCUAGAGGAGAAUAUUAGAGAUCAUGUGGAAAGUAUGACUUUUGAACAUCACGGUAAAUUGUUAGAACAAUGUGGUUUGGCACCUGUCAUGAGGACUAUUCGAACCCGACCUGCAGAUACACCUCUAUCGCGCUUGCCAACCACUUCACCCAAAUCACUCACUACGGCUUUAUCGACCUUCUCGAACUGGCUGACUACCAUCGAUCCCUCCAACUCACCGCGAUUGGCAUUAUUGAGUUCAGCGAGAUUAGCGGAUAUCAUACAUCGUAAAGCGCUUAGAAAGAUAUACGAGGCUUAUGGUGAAGUCAGUGAGAGGGUUUUAGAUCCUAAAGAAGCUUAUGAGUUCGGUGAAACCAUGUUGAGAAGAGGUAGAGAGGAAGUGGCUAUUGCCCUAGGUGUCAACGAGGAUGAUGAGUGGGAUGAAGAUGAGGAAGACACGUUCAGGCUGGGAGAUGAUAUAACCAAACUGGAUAUGAAUGACAAAGUGGAAGGGGAGAUUGACGAAAAUCCUAGUGCGAGUGUGAUGAGGAGGGAUAGUGGCGUGGGAUUAGGAUUGAAUCUGGAUGGACAAGGGAAUGGAAAUGGGGAAUAG